CGAAGCUCUCUCUUUUAUUAUUAGAUGUUUCUUUAAGCAGACGCUUUCCUGAAAUUAAUGCUCGAGAGAUCAAAGAACGUCCUAUGUUUUGUUGUUCUGCCGAUUCUUGUUUCGCUUCAUACACCAAUGUUUGUUAUAUUAACAAAUUGCGCUCAAAUACCAAUCAUUCAUCUUCGCAACUUUCCUAUUUUCUUUCAACCUCAUCAAAUGUGCACUUCAGAAGUAAUUCUUGAACUAUCAUGCUCCCGCGCCUGCAGUUUCGUUGCCGGGCGCUACUUUCCUUCUUGCUCGUAUGCCUCUGCAUCUAUCUCUUCGACCCAUACGAUAACCCUGCCAUCCUUUUCCUCAGAUGGCAUGGAGGGAAGGUUCGCUAUCACACCAAGUCCGUCUUUCUUCCAUCAGGAUACCCUCAACAUACCAGAGACGUUUUGUGCAAUAUCACUUCCGACGACAUAGGGCUCAUCAUCAAAACUGGUUAUGCAACGAAAAGUCGUCUGGAAUCGAAGUUGAGAGUUAUAGAUGGGAGAUGGAAGAAUGAGAAUGUUGCGAUUGCAAGCGAUUAUGGGAGCUAUGGGGAGAUGCGCAUGAACGAUCAGGCUGUGCAAGUUCAUGAUGUGCUUGCGGGAUUAAUCGAAGAGGUGGAAGAUCAGAGUCCUGUGAGGGUGAGACUAUACAAGAAAUUUAAGAAGGCAAUCAAAUACCAAUCGAGUAUGCCUCAAGAGGACAUUUUGAAGUCUGGUUGGGAGUUGGACAUUAUGAAGCACAUCCCCGCCUUGGAACUUGGUUUGGAGCAAUUGCCAGACAAAAAAUGGUACCUCAUGAUAGAUGAUGAUACAUACAUCCAUAUUCCCUCCAUUAUCAGUAUCCUGUCCACCCUCUCUCCCUCAAAGCUACACUACCUAGGCAAAGCCCUCGGCUCCUACACUCUCCGCUUUGCCCACGGAGGCUCCGGUGUUGUCUUCUCUCACGCAGCUCUCGCCCACAUCUUCCAACCUAAACACGUUCCACUCCUUGACCAACUCAAGCUGAAGUCUCUUACCUCCGAAGUAGAGCUAGGGGAUAAAUUGAUAGGAGAGCUGGCGAUGGGGACUGGGAUCUACUUGAAUGAAGAGUACAGCACGCAUUUCAACGGAGAAAGUCCAUGGAGAAGCAAGGUUACAAAGGAGAGUGUUUGCAGCGAGGUGGUGGGCUUUCAUGGUUUGGAGGUCGAGCAGAUGGGAAAGGUCAAGGAGGGACUAUCUGCGGUACAGAGCGUGGUCCGAUGGUGUGAUUUGGGGGGGUUGUUUGGGGGAGGAGAGUUUGAAAUCGAAAAUAACAAGACGCGAGACGGAGCUCUGACAGCAGUAAGACAGGGUUGGGACUUUGUCGGGCAAGUGGGUGAACAACCCAUUAUACUUGAGGGUGGAGAUGCAAAGGAUUGCGAGAAGACAUGUGCAGAGCGAGAAGAGUGUUUGAGUUGGAAAUCAGAGGCUCAGAAGUGCUGGGCUGUACCGUGGGCGACGGGUGGGGAGAAAACUGGAGAUAAGAUUGUGAGCGGGCUGCGUUACGAGAGGCUGAACCAUUUGAUUCAGAGCUGUGUUCCUUAACACUGGUCGAAAAUGCAGAGAGGCGCAGUUGCAUUUCUCCCUAAAACCGUCGACAUUGCACUACUCGGUGCCAAUCAAUGCUUUACUUCCAAACAUUCUCGAGGCUGCAGUAUGUCAAUAACUUUCCGAACAUUUCAAGGACUUACAAAUGUUUUAAGCUUCGCCUUGAAAUCCC